UGUUCGUGCGAUUUUGGUUAUGAUUUUCAUUUAGUUAUUUAAUGUUUUGUUAUUAUUUAAUUUUAUUAUCCAUACCUACAUAUAGUUCAUAAUUUUUCAUCGCUCUCUUUAUAAUUUUUUUAGUUCGCUAUAUUUUGAAGCACGAUUUUUUUUUCUUUUCAUUUUUCUUAUUACUGUGUAGGAACGCACGACACACUCCUUCAGUGGAUUACUCCGAUUGCAGUUCACAUAAAACGUUAACAUUUAAUUGAUAUAAAUAUUGAGCCGCAAUAUCUUAAAGUGGGACAAUCCAUAGCUUGCUACUGAAUGUGAAACUGGCGAGAACAAAGGACUGUUGGUUUACUGCAUUAUUAUCAUGGCACAAAGCUGCAGUGCGCCCAACUACCCUCUGUGUACACCAUGUAUGAUCACACUUGGAGAUAGUAUGAUGGACCAAGCCUCCCAGGUGGUUAUGGGGCAGGUGACACAGAAUGGAGGCACGACCUCUCCCACAGGAUCACAAGAUGACCUCAGUAAAACAAACUUGAUUGUCAACUAUUUACCACAAACCAUGACUCAGGAUGAUAUACGUUCUCUGUUUUCUAGUAUCGGAGAGGUCGAAAGCUGUAAGCUCAUCAGAGACAAACCUACAGUGGCGGGUACCUUUUCUAAUGCCAAGGAGGAUAUUUACAAAAGAGCUUUAAAGGCAGAUUUCAAAUUAUGCCAGAGUCUUGGAUAUGGGUUUGUGAACUACAAGCGAGCUGACGAUGCUGACAAAGCCAUUAACACACUGAAUGGCCUGCGGUUACAGAACAAAACUAUCAAGGUGUCAUAUGCGAGACCCAGUAGUGAAGGUAUAAAGGGAGCUAACUUGUAUAUAAGUGGCUUGCCAAAGUCACUGACUCAGCACGAAUUGGAGAAGUUGUUUUCACAGUGUGGACAGAUUAUUACCUCGAGAAUUCUGUAUGAUAAUACCACAGGAUUAUCUAAAGGUGUUGGUUUCAUUCGGUUUGAUCAGAGAAUAGAGGCUGAACGUGCCAUUGCUAAGCUAAAUGGACACAUCCCAGAGGGAGCCACUGAAGGAAUUACGGUUAAGUUUGCUAACUCUCCAAGUUCGAACAAAAACGUAACAACUUUGUCUCCGAUGGCACUGGCAGCUACCUACGUCUCACCGACCAGGAGGUAUUUUGGACCAAUUCAUCACCCAACAGCAGCAAGCAGGCUGAGAUACUCGCCGCUUGAAGCUGGAUUAUUACCGAGCACUAUUCUCCCGACAGCAGCUGCUGCUGCAGCAGCAACAGCUACAAGCACAACCAAUGCCUUGAACGGCACGGGUUGGUGCAUCUUUGUGUAUAACCUGGCCCCAGACACCGAGGAUAGCGUGCUGUGGCAGCUGUUCGGACCUUUCGGUGCUGUGCAAAGUGUCAAGGUGAUUCGGGAUUUCCAAACCCAGAAGUGCAAAGGAUUUGGCUUUGUCACUAUGACCAAUUAUGAUGAGUCGAUGAUGGCAAUACAGAGUCUGAACGGCUUCAGUCUCGGCAACCGAGUUCUACAGGUGUCGUUCAAAACCAACAAGUACAAAUCAUAAAACAAAGUCUCCUUUGUCAUCUAGUCACCAGUUGAUAUAUACAUUUUGGAACCAACACAGAUAUACAUAUUCAUUCAGAAAAAAAACCCUGCAACUUGCGAACCAAGAAGUGUUCAUUUUUAUACUGUCAAAGUACUGUAUAAAAAGGUAAAACUGAAACUUUAUGACUCAUAAUAACAUUGCAUAAAUGGAAUCAGAUUUGCCGUAAUGGUUUUGAAAAGUGCAUUGUGGGAGAAUCUCAAUUUCAGUUUAACCACUUGUAUUCACCCUUCUUCUUUCUUUUGUGCAUAAUUGUUUUAUUGUUAUUUUGUUCCGGUGUAUAUUGAGUUGUCUGUAUUUAAUAUUUGUGUUUACAUUUUGAAAUAGCUUUUUGUGUCCUAGGAAGUAAUGGAUCUGUGAAAAAAUCAUCUUUGCAUAAUUUAUUAUCCUUUUCUUUUCUUUCUUUUGUGGAAAUGUGCUUAAAGUGCACGUAGCAAGCUCACGGUUGGAUUAUUUCAGUAUUGUUACAUGUUCAAUUUGAGAAUGUUAUUUAUUGCAUUAUUUAUUGAGUCCAUGGUUCUUUAUUUCUUUUUGUUGUGGUCAUUUACAUUAAAUUUUGGUUUACUUUCAUUUUCUUGUGUUUGUUUUGUCUUGCAUGAGCCUUUCCUAACCAGGUUUGGCCAGUCUUUUAUUUUAUUUACUUUUACUUGGUCAUUUUACGAGGGAGUUGAUCUGUAAACACUAAUACCAUACAAAAGAGACGAGUGACACACUGAAACAAAUGUGACAUGUUGCCUCUAGUCGUUUACAGUCAAUAGAAAUGUCUCAGUGAUUUUAUUUCUUUUUUUUUAUUUUACUUUUAUUCUGAUUUUCUUUCAAGUUCCUGCAUGCAUUUAGCUAAAACACUAACAAUGCAUGUUUGAAGUGAAUGAAAUCUUGAUGUUUGCGAUAUUUCACAUGCUCUCAUUACUCAUUGUUAUGCUAUAAAACGAUGUAUCUUAGCUUUUCUUGGAUACAUGCUGAAAAAUACAUCAUUUACAUAAUAUAUACAUGAUAUCUUCCACACAAAAAAACUGUUGAUGAAAUAUUUAAUUUACCUUUUUAACCAGAUUUCAGCUCUUAGGUCACAGAGUUUAUGUAUAUAUAUUAUAAUAUUAUAUAUAUAUAUAUAUAUAUAUAUAUAUCUAUAAGACAUCACAAGAAAGUGUCUUUUAUCCGAUACCAAGCUUGCUUGAACAAUAUACAUAUAUACACUGAUAUCAAGCACACGUGGUAUCCUCAUCAGAAUCAUAAAACACUUUUAACCUCAUCUUACGCGGACCUGACUGAGUGUCAAGGUUGUUACACAUGAAGUCUGAGACAUUCCGAGGAAGCGCGUUCUCCUGGAGUCGUCUGUAACGUACAGUGAUGAUGACGACGACGAUGACAGUAGUGUGCACGUUUAUCAGCUGAGAAUUUUAUGUACAUAUUGGACAGUUAAAUGUAUAAAUUUGCAAUGUUGAGAGCUGUGCACAGUGUGAUCACCCCAAUUCCAAGUUUAUAAACAUUUUUUAUACAUUUGAGAGAAGAACUGAUUAUAUGUUUAGAACCUUUACUGCUCUCUUUUGAAAGAGCUCCACCUUGACAGUCUUGUUGGAAAAUUGUUUUUGAUGUAUAAUUGUUCUAUUUUAUGGACAAACAGCAAAUAUUCUUUUACAAUGACUUCCAGUGUCUCCAUUUUUAGGCCCUGUGGCCAGAAUAUAUAUGCAAUUCCCUUUUAUCCUAUUAGUCAAGGAAACUUUAUGAAACUGUGUGGUCAGUUUGUUACAUGUGUGUUAUUCAGUUUUGUGGCCAACUACUGAGGUGGCAAGUAUUUCCAAUCUGUGGCUAUAUAGACGUUAUUUCCUGUUAAGAAUAAAAUCAUGUGCCAACAACCCAAGAGUGCUAUAUAGUACGAUUUUGUUAAAUUUCUGGUUUCACAUUUUGAAAACACAUACAGCUUCAUUUGUGACACAGCAGAGGUAAAAGUUCAAAAUAAGUUAUGCAUCAUUAUUUCACUAGGAAAAAUUCUUAUUUCCAGUUUGUAAUUUUUGUUUCAAUAAUUCUGAAACAAAUUUCAAUUCAAUUUUCCAUCAGAUUGUUUGAUUCGAUUUUUGUUCUCUUUCAUUCGUUCCUUCAUUCUAGUUUUCAUCAGAAACUUUAAUUGUAUUCAGAAUGUUUUUACAUUUACGAUUUUCUUGUUCAGUGUUUUAAUAUUGUUUGAGACUUUUUUCUCUUGAUUCAUUCCAUUGUAUUUUUGAUAUUGGGUUUCUUGUUUUGGUACGGGCGUGUUUCUACACCGUACAAACUUAUAGACAAGUCGGGGGCAAUGUCCUACCAGAGCAAACCCUUUAUGUAAGAGUUUCACUUUUUAACUGUCUUGAUACAUGUGCUUUCUGCUUUUGCGUUAAUAUUACCCAGUAUUAGGAUGUCUUGUCCCAAUAGCCAUGUUUUAAGCAGUGCUCCAGAUAGAUUAACUCAUUUAACAAAAACCUGGUAAUUUUGAAAAGUACCAUUUAGUUUUUUGGGGGACAAAAACCUGCUUCUGGACCAUUGGUGUAAGAAAUGAUGCACUAUAUUAGGCAUGUCUGUAUUUUAGCUGCCUAUAUCCUUGUGGUUUAUUUAAUCAAAGGAAUAAUUAUCUACUCUGGUUUUCUUUGACACAAAUAUUGUUUUCGUUUUUGUUUUUUAAUAUCAAUUAAUGGUAACUUAGAUGAAAUAAUUUGCCACAAAAACACCUUAUCUGGAGCUCUGUGUCCUUAUCCUCAAUCAAAACCUUCAUUAUUUCUGCAGUUUUAUUGUUGUACUGAAAAGAAAUUCUAUCAGGCUCUAAGCUGUUGUCAGUCAUUAUUUGUAGUUCAGUUGUAUUGCAAUAUUUGUACUUUUACAUGUGAACUAUUUACACAAAUAAAAUCUUGCAAGAAAGA